CCCCGGGGAGCAGCCCCCGGCUGUCGGCGUGACAAUGACGGCAUUGCCCAGGGACGUGGUCAAAUGGCUGCAGAGUCUAGAGCUGUCCGCGCAGGCCACGAACAUCCGCAGAGACUUUUCCAGUGGCUACCACGUGGCCGAGAUAUUUUCCCGUUAUUAUCCCAGAGAGUUCCAAAUGCACACCUACAGCAAAGGCAUUUCUCUUCCUGAUAAGCAGCUGAACUGGAACAAAAUACGACAGUCCUUGCAGAGGCUGUGUCUGCUCUUGAUGGACAAGAUGGUGUACGGGACCAUCCACUGUAAGGCGGGAGCGGCCGAGUUGUUGGUGCAGCACGUUUACACCAUCCUGACCAAGAACAGGAUCCGAGCCGUUCAAAACCCAGAUAUGGACUUCAGCGACCAGAAGUACCAGAAGCUUCUCCCCUGGGUGGCGCGCCCCACGGCCCUCACGGCGGUGAACAGCAACGUGAGGGCCACGGAGAUGAAGGCCUUGCCCGACUUGUACAGCAACCAGAGGAGGGCGGAGGCCAUCAUCAGCAAACACUUGGAGGAGAAGGCAGAGAAGCUGGCAGAGCGCGGACGUUUGAUCAAGAUGAGACGCAAACAGACGACAUCGAGUGGAGAUGAGAAGUACUCGUCUGGUGAGAACACACCAAGGUUCAAUAUGAUGUGGGUCCACCUUUUGCAGCUUCAACUCUUCUGGGAAGGCUGUCCACAAGGUUGCGGAGUGUGUUUAUAGGAAUUUUCCACCAUUCUUCCAAAAGCGCAUUGGUGAGGUCACACACUGAUGUUGGUGGAGAAGGCCUGGCUCUCAGUCUCCGUUCUAAUUCAUCCCAAAGGUGUUCUAUCGGGUUCAGGUCAGGACUCUGUGCAGGCCAGUCAAGUUCAUCCACACCAGACUCUGUCAUCCAUGUCUUUAUGGACCUUGCUUUGUGCACUGGUGCACAGUCAUGUUGGAAGAGGAAGGG